GACACCGGCCGGCGCCCGGGGACUCUGGGCGCGCGCCCUCCGCCGCGUGACCCCGCGCUGGCGUCCCCGCGGCCCCAGGCGCGCCCUCCCUGCCCUCCUCCCCGCCGCAGCCGCCACCGCCGCCGCCGCAGUCGCCGCGCCCGAGCCCCGCUCCGGCUCCCCGGCACCGCGCGCCCCGGCACCGCGCUCCCCGGCACCGCGCGCCCCGGCACAGCGCUCGCCCCCGCCAUGUCCGCCGCCCGGGCGCUCAAGUCCGUGGACUACGAGGUGUUCGGAUACGUGCAGGGUGUUUGCUUCAGAAUGUAUGCGGAAAGUGAAGCGAAGAAAAUAGGAGUGGUUGGUUGGGUGAAGAACACCGGCAAAGGCACUGUGAUAGGCCAGGUGCAAGGCCCCGAAGAGAAGGUCAAUUCCAUGAAGUCCUGGCUGAGCAGGGUGGGGAGUCCGAGUUCUCGAAUUGACCGCACGAACUUUUCCAACGAGAAAGCCAUCUCUAAACUGGAAUACACUAACUUUAGUAUUCGAUACUAAUAGAAAAGGAAUAAAAAUUGUAAUGCUUACACUGUACAAUAGAUGCCAUAUAUUCUUAAAUGUAUAAACCAGCAUGAUAGCAGCAGAGUAGUGUAAAAAAGGGAACUUUGUUCUGAAAGCUACAGUAUUAUAAAUGUCACUAAAAGUGCCUGACACUGAAGUAAUUUUGCUCAAGUAUAUUUUUAACAGGCAAAAUUUUAGUAAUCUGAAAUAAGAAAACAUCAUUACAAAAUAGCUAAACUUGUGUCAUGGAAUCUUUGAUUUCAGUGCAUGUUGCAGUAUACGUGUUACUUGGCUAGACGUAAGGUAACGGUUAACCAUUUAACAAUGUUCAAGUGAUGCUGUCCAUACUAAAUUCUACAUCUUCCUGAGUAAGAAUUUGAGUAAUUUGUUAUUAAAGCUGAGUGAUUUGCUAUUAAAGUCUAAAACAAGAA